AUGCAAUUCUCCAGCUCAGCCAGGGCAGCGGAUGAGAACUUUGACUAUUUGUUCAAGAUCAUCCUCAUCGGGGAUUCCAAUGUGGGCAAGACGUGUGUCGUGCAGCAUUUCAAGUCCGGGGUCUACACGGAGGCACAGCAGAACACGAUUGGCGUGGACUUCACUGUGCGUGCCCUGGAGAUUGACGGCAAGAAAGUGAAGAUGCAGGUGUGGGACACCGCUGGCCAGGAGCGUUUCCGGACCAUCACCCAGAGCUACUACCGCAGUGCCCAUGCGGCCAUCAUCGCCUACGACCUCACCCGGCGGUCCACAUUCGAGUCUGUUCCUCAUUGGAUUCAUGAGAUAGAGAAAUACGGAGCAGCAAACUUGGUCAUCAUGCUGAUUGGGAACAAGUGUGACCUGUGGGAAAAACGCCAUGUUCUCUUUGAGGAUGCCUGCAUCCUGGCUGAGAAAUACGGCCUCCUGGCUGUUCUGGAGACAUCUGCCAAGGAGUCCAAGAACAUCGAUGAGGUCUUCGUGCUGAUGGCCAGGGAGCUGAUGGCCCGCCACAGCCUGCCCUUGCACGGGGAGGGUGCCCCGGGCAGCCUCCCGCUGGAGUCCACUCCGGUCCUCAUGGCCCCAGCUCCGAGGGAGAAGAAUCAGUGCACCUGCUGAGUAGGUUCCCCAGGCAGGUCGCACCCAUCAGAGGCCACCUCUGAAACCAACGGCAGCUGCUGGCCUCGAGUCUGCUGAGCAAACGGACUUGCCUCUGGUCCUACUCCUUCCUGCCUGGGGUAGGGGUCCGGGGCUGGGGCGCCCUUUUGCCUCAGUUCACACCAGAGGAAGGAACACUGAUUCUGACAACAGAGGACACCCCUGUUUCUCUUGACUUUUCCUAGGACUCGAGGCCCAGGGGUGGCAGGACAAGAUUUGUUCUUUUUUUCCCUUUGUGUGCAUCUUUCCCUUUUCUGUCUCCCCAACCCUCCAGCUGUUUUCUACUGAACUUUGCCUCUCGCUUGAAGUGAGCAGUGAAGGAAAGAAGAAGGGGAUUAUCGAGAGGGAAGAGGAUGUUUGGAACAUUCCAGAGUGGUUUAAAACAGUGUGGGCACAGGAGGAUGGGGGAAAAGCCUGCUGUGAUGACCAGAUGUUGUUAACUUUUUUGCUUCCUGACAAUCACACUUGGAGUCUUAGUUUGGGGAGCAAAGCCUUUUGAGCUGAAGACCAUUAAUACUGUCUUGCCAAAUGGUCAGGAGCCAUGUGAUGGAGAGAGAAUUGGAUUUCACUUUAUCCUAGUUGGGCUGAUUGGACCAGACUCCUAGGAUGUGGGAGAUGCAUACGAUUUUUUCUAAAACACCCAGUUAUCUGCGGGAUCAAAAAUUAGUUCUGAAUUGAAAUUAAAUCUGCUCAUAGACAUGUAUCAAACCAAUACUAACCUCACUGUGUGGCUGGGGCAAGCCAUGUACCCUGUGGAACCUGUAAGUCAUAAACCUCGUUUUUUUCAAAGCUCCCCAAGGGUUGUUGCUGAGGGUGUCUUGCGAUCCUAAUAAGAACUGCAAGGGCUGGUCCAGCCACAAAACUAGCUCUAAAAGGGGAAAUGUCUAUGGGGGGCUCACCCAGGGUGCAGGUGAGGGUUCCCAGGCAUUUCAAGCCUUAGCAUCACUAUCCAUAGGCUGAGACCAGCUCUAAACACACAGCCACUAGCCAUGUGUGAUGACUAAACACUUAAAAUGUGGUAAAUUUGAAUUUGAGAUGAACUGAAUGUAAAAUAUAUACCAGAUUUUUCUAAAUUUCUAGUUAAUUUAUUUUUAAUUGGAGGACAAUUGCUUUACAAUAUUGUGUUGAUUCCUGCCAUACAUCAACAUGAAUCAGCCAUAGGUAUAUGUCCCCUCCCUCUUGAACCUCUCUCCCACUUCUCACCCCAUAUAUACCAGAUUUUGAAGACUUAGUACAAAAAAAAAUGUAAACUAUCUUCCUAAUAAUUUUUAUAGAUUAUAUGUUAAAAUGAUAGUUUAGAUUUUCUAGGUUAAAUAAAAUAUAUAUUAACAUUUCA